AGGGUCAUGCCAGCUGCGAGGAGUGCCAUUGCCCCUACGAGCAUGGUAGGAGCUUGUAAUGACAAAGCGGCACCGGUUGAGGAAGAACUGCUGCUAGGAGCAGGCGAGGUGGAAGAACCGGUUGCGGUGUUGUUGGUAGCAGCUGAGAAACCGGUCGAGUACUGGAUAGCGAGUAAAAAAUGGGACAAUGACGUUACGUACGAUGGCAAAGCAGUUGAUGACUCCCUGGACGUAGGUCUGAGAUGCGCACAAGCAGGCAAAGUUGUUGUGCGCGCAGCCUUCUUGCGAGACACCGUUGGUGCCAGUGUCGAGACAAGGAGCAGAACAAGCUGGGGGAGUGCUUUGGCGGCGGUCGUACCACAAAGUCGCGGCCGAGGCGUAUGCGGCGAAGAGGAGGGUCAUGAAGAGAGUAGCGCGCAUGAUGAUAGUUUGAUAGACAAGACUGUUGAUAACGCCACCUAUUAUCUGCUCUUUUCGUCUAGUCCCCAGGACCUCUUCUCCUUCGCUGGACCCCUCGUUCUCCCGAGCGCUUUCAGAGAUCCUCAAUCGACGGAGGACGCACUUGAUAUUCGAGUGAGACUGUCCAAUUAUCAAUCCCCCUCGGCGCACGAAUUUCCGCCGCCUGUUCCAGACGUUGGUCGCCGCUCACUCCGCCAUCACAUUUAUUAUCUUGAACUGGGUCAUGGGAUCUCCGCUUUUUCAUCCCAGUCUUUCCGUUUAGGCAAUAAAAGUGGGUGGCUCGGCUACGGCCGCUCGAACAGUGAAAUUAGACCAAUUUAG